AUGAGCGCCAACGAUAUUCUUGCCGGAAUCGCGAACAAUAUUGGCGAAAUGCUUGAUCAUGAAUUUGAGGCGUCCACCUCGACGCCCGAAGUCGCAAUGGAAAUUGAUAAUCCGGUAAUGGCGGUUGACGACACCACAGAGAUUAUGGAGUUCUUCGGAGGCGGCACUUCUGAAGAAAUGGCGAAUUCUGAUAUGAGUUAUCAGCAAAAUUUGCAAAAUUCGCUGUUGACACGCGCGCGACGGCCGUGCAAAAUGGCGCGCGAGAUUCAAAGUCUCUCGUUCCGGAAUCCCGGCAGCGAAAUGUCCAAGUUCCUGCCGGACUCCGUCGACAUUCUGAGUCGGACGCGCGGCCGACGGACGAAUGCGACAACAAAGCCGAACUAUGAGGAUGGCGAAGAGGAGUUCCCAAUGUACCACGAGAGGGCAGGAAAACUCGUGGUUCGCAAAAACGGCGAAACGAAUCAAUACGACAUGUGCGAUUGUUUGCGCGUUGAAUGCUCCGGAUGCCAUUGGCCGUGCUCUUCAUGCAAAUCGAAAAAAUGCGGAUUCCAAUGUCGUCAGAGUCGGCGUGAGGUGAUCGCGAAAAUUGAGGAGAUGUGCACGACGUCAGACGCCAGCGCUCAUCAAAUCGUUCUAAAUCCCUAUAUGGACCUCUCAUUGGCAUCUGAUUGA